CCAUUUACAGACAGAGAAGAGAAAAUAUGAAAUGGUUUGAGGGCGGAAUUGCUGAAGCGAUUGCCAUAAGCCGCCAACAGAAUGCGCUCUUCAUCGUCAAUAUUCAACAACCACCAGAGAAUAAAGAUGAACAAAGUAUGCGAAUGGCCCAGCUCUGGAGUAAUAUUGAUAACAAUAUUUGCCAACCAGCUUUGGUCGGCAUACGUAUUUUCCAAGGGACCGAGACGGCAAAACAAUUUGCACAGAUAUAUCCUGUGUUUGUUGUGCCAGCAUCAUAUGUUAUUGAUUUGAAAGGAAAACCUCUGGAUGUUAUUACAGUCACUGAAGAACUGAAUGAAGAAAUCUUUGCACAGAGACUUAAGAUUGCUAUGAAGGCAUGUAAUUUGCAUAGUUAAAAUAUUUCCAGAAACUGUUGUCUUGCUCAAAUAUCUAUCGUGAUUUAAUUUUGUCUCUGCUUUAUUUGUUUCACUCCUACCAAUUUCACUUCUUACUUGCUUACAGUAACUGAUCUAAAAAAUUGUGAACAACUUACUACUUAUGUAAUUGUGACACUAGGCAAUCCAUGGAGAUCCGGAAAUCCUGAUGCCGACUUCAGUGUUUCAAGUUACAGACUUUGAAUGCUGCCCACCAGUCUUCAUCAUCCACAUUAACUACAGCUAGUAAACCAGAUGAAAAAGAGACGGGAAAAAAAGAAUCUACUGCUGUCAACAUGGAUGAAAAGAUAAAAAGAGCGCAUGAACUACUUGAAAAGAAACGUAAAGAAGACGGAGUUGUGAAAAAAAAUGAAGAAAAUCAGAAAGAGAUCGAGAGAAGAAAUUUGGGCAAGUUAAUGGUGGAAGCCAAAGCGUCGCGUGAGGAACGCGAGAGACGCGAGAUGGUGGAACAGAAGAAUCGCGAAAAACGUGAGCAAGAAGCUUACUUAAACAAAAUUCGUCAGCAGAUUAAGGCAGACAAAGAAGAACGAAUGAAUGGGAUAUUAGGCAGCGUUCUGGAGCAAGAGCGGAAAGCAAAGUUUGCAGAACAUCAGACUAAUAUGCAGUCUUCAGUUUCAGACAGUGCUGGAUGUCGCAUCCAGUGCAAGUUUUCCGAUGGCUCCACGUUGGUACAUCAGUUUGCUUCUACAGAUAUCUUUUCUCAACUUAUAGAAGUAAUCAAGAAGGAUGGACGUCAGGGUGAUGAUUUUUAUAUAGUGCAAAUGUAUCCAAGACGAGAGUUUCCUGAUAUCACGCAAACAUUUGCUGAACUGGGUUUAACACCAUCCGCGACUGUCCUCAUACUUUCUAAACGUAAGCGAAUAGUGACUACUUAUGGUGGUUCCAGAUGGAUCGAAUUACUUCAGUAUACUGUUGCAGCUCCAUUCCAAGCUUUAUAUCGUAUCCUGCGUUAUCUAGUUGGUUAUAACGGUUCUACAUCGCCGCACACCGGUGCAACUAAAUUCAACAACUCUACUACUGGGUCGAGCAAAGUUCACAGAGCAAAGCGUAGUGAUGGCCACCAUCGAGACCAUGUUGGACAUGAAGGUAACUUUCGCAGAUUUCGUAACGAAGAAGAUUCUUCACAUUCAGAUGACGAAGCCAGGUGGAAUGGUAAUUCGACCCAACAACUGUGAUGCCUGAUUUUUGGGUUCCAAUGAUUUUACUAUUAUAUUUUGCUUAUGUUCACUGUUAUGCCAACAGAUUAAAUGUGAUCUUAUUAUUUCAGUUCUAUGAUAUAAACUUUCUAUGACAUAAACGUCUACUUCAGUAUCAGCAUCCAUUUUAUCUCGAUCGGUAUUGGUAUAAUGUAGUUCACUUAUCUAACUGAAACUU